CUGUCCCAUUUAUGUGUACACCAUUUCAACGGGCUCUCACGCUCAACUCCUCAACAGGUGACGCCGGUGAGUGGCUGAGGGUUCAGGGUUUGAGGCCUUAGGGGGCAGGAGAGGGCCCGAGGGGAGGACGCAGGGCGCAGGCGGAACCUCUGUCGGAGGGAAAUUUAAAAAGUCUGGACUACCCGAAGUGACAGGAAGCAUUCAGGUCAACUCAGCCACUCGAAUACUUCCGUUAGCAGUUGGAGAAUAGUAGUAGUUUAGGAACAAGAACCAACCUCGAUGUCACAAAAUGGAGACUUAUCACGACCAGACUUUCGAUUCACCCUCAAAAAACAGUUACAUCGGGAGCUAUUACCAGCCUCCAAACAGGAUACUACCAAUAGCAAGACAUCUCGAGUUCCCUGUCCACUCAUCCAGCAGCAUGGACCCGCAGCUGAACAGACCUCGGGGGUCCCAGAGCAAACUUAAUAUUGACAGCACAGCUGUUGUUGAUGCACUGAAGACCCUCCAGGAGAAAAUCAGACGGUUGGAGCUGGAAAGAAAGCAAGCCGAGAAGAGCUAUCGUCAAUUCUCCCAUGAUGCUCAGAGGCAUAAGGAGGUGACAGAGUCUUACACAGUGCCCAUUCGACCAGCAGCUGGCUUGCCUAUCACAGAUAACUCUGGCAAGAAAGAGCUGGACUCAAAGCGGCAAUCUGCAGAGGCUCGGUGUAAGGUCCUUGAGAAGCAGCUCGUCUACAUGAGGAAGAUGGUUGAAAACGCGGAGAGGAAUGUCCUUGUAGAGAAUCAGGCCUCACUGCAAAUCCAGCAGCCACGCAGCUCAAACACCCAAUGUCAGCAGGAUAAGCUGGAGAAACUUGAAUCCGAUUGUCUCAAAUUGAGUCAAACACAAACUCUGGCAGAGACGAAGCUUGCCAUUCUGGAGCAAAAACUGCUGAAAGAAGAACAUGAGCGUAAACUUGUGCAGGAAAAAGCCAACAAGCUCCAGAAGGAGUUGGACAUCAACUUUCGAUUGGCUGUGCCAACUGCUGAAGAAAUACGGCCAAAGAAAAAAACAAAAAAGACGAGCAAGAAAUCCUCCAGACAGAAUGAGCUGACAUCACCAAAGGGCCCAAGGCACACACAAAUGCCAUUUGUUGCUGGAACGUCGACAAGCCCGAGCCAUUCAGUGCACGCCAACGUACAAAGUAUACUUCACAUGAUGAAGCAUCAUCAGCCCCAACUGUGUGAACGAGUGAGCACACUGCACAGGUUGGCUAGUGGAGCCAAGAAAAGCCUCCAAAGGGAAUUUGCUCCAUCUUCCACCACCUUUUACCAGCCUGAUGGGGAUCCGGUACAAGCAGAUCAGCCACUGGGCUCACUUUCUGACCUGCUAUUGGCUCUGCAGGACGAGCUAGGACAAAUGAGCUUUGAGCAUCAAGAAUUGGUACAACAAAUAGAUGUAACUCAACAUUUCAAUCAGAGGGAGGAUCUGCAGAGAGAACUGGAGAGGUCGGUUGCCAGGAUCGAGGAGAAAGGAGCUCAGAUCACAAAGCUCCGCAAACACCAGGAGACGGUCCAUAAAUUGACUCAGAGCCAGCCAUGUGCUGAGGACCACGCAGCUAAGAAGUUGAGUGGGAUCAAACCACCUGUUCCCUCUCCUGUUAAGGCUAAGAGUAAGAGAAAGAAAGGUGGGACCACUCACAAUAACCUGCAGCUUCUUAGAGAGACCCAGAAGUUCAGAAACGGCCUAAAACAAGAUGACCUCAUCUGGGAAACAUGAGGUCCGGGCUUUGAUACAACAGCUGGUUAAACCACAAGAAUCCCUUUGGUUCCCUUCAGCCUGUUUUCCCCACUUCAAAUGGCCUCUGGGACGUUUUUAGUAACAAAUAAAAAUAGGUAAUACACAAAAGGGGUUGAUAAUGUAUUACUCAUAAAACCUAUAAAGCAAAAAUUGUGUGACUUAGUUGGCAUUUUUUACAUAUAGGGUCCUUCAUAGAUGGUGUAUAGUUUAUUAAUCAUCACCUCAUCCUGUCUCAUCUCAAAUGAAGCUGGAGUAAUCUAUUUUUAUAUUCUAAAAUUCUAAUAAAGCUUAUUCUAUUUGCA